CAUGUGAGUUAUCGAAAUGGAUGAUUUGGAUCACAGUAUACACAUUUCAGAGUAUGACUGGACGACCUUCUGUGAGGAGAGCGAGGAGUGUGGUUGGCUGCAGCCCUCGCUCGCCUGCCCCGACAGCUCAAGUGAUUCAGAGGAUUUGGGAAACUCAAGUUUAGUGUUUGGUACGGGCCAGCAGGAUCAGAGUUCUGCACAACUCUGCAUAGAGGAAGAGAACUGCACAGGUUGUGUAAAGUAUAUAUCGGUGCAGAUUAUUCAGAGUGGCUCAGGAGAAGAUGAUCUUACAACAAAAGAGGAGAUACGCCUGGUUCAUCCUGAAGAAAGCAUCGUCAGCACAGUGGAGCUCAUCACAGAGGAGGCACAAAACGAAACAACACUGCAAACUGAGCAACUAAAUGUCCAGUCUUCAGAUGCAGAAUCAUCAAAGCUGAAAAAAGAUGGGGGUGUGCAAACGGAGAGUGAACUCAAAUCCAUACAGGAACCUGACCCGCUUUCUUGGAACCAAACAGAGCUAAAUGUGAACGAACCGCACACCGCAGACAGAGCUGUGAGCUGUGAGGGCGUUAAGGGUGUCGUUUUAAGAGCAGAAAAAGAGCGCUGGUUUGUGACCGUGAACGACAGUCCUGCAAGACAGCGAGUACGCGGCGCCUCUGUGAAAAAAAAACGAAGACAAAAAAAACCUUGUAAGGAUGAUAACGUGUGCAGACCUGGGCAGGAGAGAUCACAUGAAAAUGGGUUAAAGUUAGAGAUAAUGAAAGAUAAUGAGGGAGAUGCAGAGUCUGUCAAACAAGCAAACCAAAAAUCAGGAGGUAGUCCAAGUGCUGAAGAAGAUCCUGAGAGCGUUCAGAUGGGAGUCAUUUCAGAUUCAUCGCAAAUGUCUGGUGAAGAAGACGAUAUGUCAGAAAAACUGGUGAUGUCUUAUUUUCCCCAAAACUACAUCAGUGAGCCAACGACAGAGGGAAACAAACAAGACCCGAGCACCUCUGCAGCAACGCCCGACGACACAUUUACACCCAAAGAACCAUCACGGACAGACAGUGUGGAGUCUGACGAGCUUGAAGACGCCGUCGAGUUCCUCUCCUCUCACAGUUUUGAUUCUGAAAGCUAUCUGUCAGCUACCGAAUCAAUGGAGGAACUUCAGCAUCUUCUCGUCGCACACCAGCAGUCUUUUUCUCUGACAGAAAACAGCGAUCUGUUCACCAACGCUGCAGAUACAGCGGACAGACCAGUGCAUCCUUGUAACAGCACUCUCUCCUGCAACGUCACAGCUCCUGACUCUGAAGGUCAUGAAAGCACUGACGUUGAGCCCAACCUAACAUUUCCAUCUGUUGGCCAAAGUGCUGACAAAACGCCAGACUCCACAUGUGAUAACGACACACACAGCACGCCGCUCUCAGAUGCACCUGUACUCCAAAAACAUGAAGUUAAUCUUCAGGCAUCUGGCAGCUCUUCAGGAGAUCAGUGUCCCCCCAUUCCUGAUUUAACUGUAACACCUUGCUCUGUGGCCAACAGCCCCGAAACAUACGCCGAAGCCGCGGGCCACACUCGACCUGUGUAUGCCAUUUCAGCGUUUUGGGAUGAAAUGGAAAAAUUGACGAUAAAUGACAUUUUGCAGCUCAGGAUGGGGAGAAGGACACCUCCCAGGGAAACAGUCACACCAAUCGCAGACGAUCACAGCUCCUCUGUGGACACUGUGGAGUUUAAUUCGUCCGAUGGUGGUCUGAUGGAUGCAUCUGACACUGCUGACUCCGACUAUUUCACACAGCCUGAUGAAUCCAAGCCUGAUCGUUCAAGCUGUGAGUUUUCCACCUCUGAUUUUGAGGAAGAGUACUGGCAGUUUCUCGGCACCAGCAGGAACCCGAGUCCUGACCCUCAAAGCAAAAGAAACACGAGUGACUCUCCUUUCUUUGCACACGAGGAAGAGGAGUCCACAAGCUCUGACGGAAAGGAGACGCCUGUUCCUUCAGAGGACUAUGAAAGGAAAUGUUUUGAAGAUGAGGACUCAAAUGCAAGUAAGCUUUCUUUGCAGAGACAGAUUAAAAAAAGCAAAAGCAUGCACAACGUACAAGCACUUAAUAAAAAGGAUUUAUCUCUGCAGGAGCCUCUUAGAAAUGAUGAGAGCAGUAUGUUUCUGAGCAGUUGUCCAUCUCUGGAGGGAAACGUUGUUUUCAAAGCAAGCGACAAUCUUGGAACACUCAUAUAUGCACCUUUUCUAGAUGAACAUUAUCAGAUAUCCUUCCCUGAAGUGUUUGAAAACUUUUUCAGAGAGGAUACAACAAAGAGUGACUCCUGGUGUGUCGCCGUCUACAAUCCAGAGGACAUCUCAGUGGCUCCUGUCUUUGACUACACUCUUUGUACAUUCAGAGAUGAAACAUCAUUCUUCUCCCUCCAAGAUUACCCACGCAGCGUGGAGAAACCCAUCCCCAUUUUCUCUUGUUCUCACCCCACCGUCAGAGAACUCACAUUCCCAAAUCCGGGCUAUGUUUUCAUGAGUGCGGACUGCGGGGAAGAGGAGGACAUCUCUCCAAUCAGAAUUGUGUCUCGCUCUUUCCUCCAGGGCGGUGACUGUAGGGCAGCGGCCCCAUAUGGAUUCUACAGUUGGAAAAGUUUGAUGAGGAAGGUUCGCUUCCCCGACAAAGGUAGCAUCUGGUGCGGGAAAUCUGGUGCAGUGGUGUUCCCAGCUGAGGCUGAAAAAAUCACCAUCAAGUGUGCGGAUCCACCAGUGACAGUGCUCACCGAGAGGCGGGUCUCUUUGACUCCUUCUCAGUUGUUUGGAGAGCUCGCUCUGCAGCAGAGGGUUUUGGAAGCUAUACAGACAAGACGAGAGGGCAUCUUCUCCACACUGAAGCAGUCAGACAUGUGUUUGGUCUGUAUUGCUUUUGCCUCCUGGGUGUUAAAAUCCUCUGAUCCAGAGGCUGCUGAUGCCUGGAAAGCAGCUCUCCUAGCAAAUGUGAGCGCACUGUCGGCCAUCCAGUACCUGCGGCAGUACGUGAAGAAGAAUCCUUCUCAAGAUGACGCCUGACAAUUAUUCUCUUAACAAGAAAGAAGAGUCAUUUCCAAACACUUUCACUUGGGUCCAUCCAUAAAAAUAUAUCUGCUAUUUAUUACUUCUGAUGUCUCAGUGUAUGCAUUGAUUUUCAAGUUACAAUACAGCGUGUAAAGGUAGAUGUUUGCAAAGUGAUUUUCAGCCUGAAGUGAGAUGGACAUUUUUAUUUAAACUUUAAGUUUCCUAUUGUCAAUAGAUUCCAUAAAAUAGACAAACUAACAAUGAAUUGAUCCUGAUUACAAAUACAGUCUGUUACCAAAGUCUCCACAACAGAGACCCCCGUCACUUUAUUACAAUGAAUUUGGACACUGUUGAGCGGGAAUAUUUAACUUGCUUUGCCCAGGGGCUCUGAUGGGGUGUCCUAGGGAUCCUCAGUAGGCACUUUUUUGAAAUUGUAAUUAAAAAUAGCUCUAUUUUGAUGGUUUUUAUGCACUCUGAAACCAUAUCUACAUUCAAAGUACAAUAAAAAAAUCCUAGUGUGGCAGGCGGACCACCCUGCACUCUAACAGAUAAACUGAAUAUCACUGCUGUAGAGUCUGUCCCACAGAUAUGAUCCUGUUGCUGAAAAUACUUAGUAGCAAAUCAGCAGAUGAAAAUAGUUCCCAUCAGAUGCACUAUUUCAAGAUUCUAGAUCAAGUUUCAAAGAUUUAUUCGUCACAUUUUCAUAUUUUCAACAUGUGCAAUGAAAUGCGGGGACAUUUUCUACAGAAGAUGUGCUAAAAGCCAAAAUUUGCAAUAAAAACUAAUCCAUAUAAGAGUAAAUAUUAAGGGCUGGAUAAACAAAACUUACCGGAUAAAAUUUUGAGGUAAAAAAAGAUGUGUAAUGUGAGAAUUAAAAUGUCAAAGGGCAUAUUUUGAGUUUAGGAAAAAUGUAACAUAUACAAAUCACAUUAGUAAACUGACUGUAUAAUAAUUUAAAAAACAGUGUACACAUGCAGAAACUGACAUUAUCCUCCUGGUUACAUUUGCUGAGAAUUACAGUGCCCAGUUCAUUUGGGAAUUAUUUAGCUUUAAAAAUCUAUUAUUUCAUUUAAUCAGUAUACAUGUGUGACCUGAUAGGAAAAAACUGAGCUGAGAGCCAAAGACGGGUAAGUAAUAAAGUAUUGAGAGACGGACAAAGACUUGGUCUGGUGUUUUCAUGGGAUUUGCUGACAAUAAGGAAUUUAAAACUUAUGUCCAGUAUUAUCCUCUAAACGUUUAAAUCAUUUCAGCUGAAUGUUAAACUUUUAAUGACUGUUUUUUUCCAUUUCUGAGUGAACUGAUGUUUAUAUAAGGACCACGCUGUAAGCACAGAAGCUAAUUAUUUUUCACACCUGCUGUUUGUGAAUGUCACAGGUGUGUAUGUCAUACAGCUGCAAUCAAGCUGAGUUUUAAUGGCUGCUUGCUUCUUAGCAGAUGCAAAGUGAAUGUGGGGCGUCUUUCUGUAAAAGAUGGCAAAAAAGGAUGAAAACUUAG